UUCCAAAAUUCAAUCGUGCCUCCUGUCCCCAAAUAAAUUGUCUCUAAAACUCUGCCUCACCGUGCAAUAAACUUGUCAUAGCGCAACUUUGGCAUUAAGAAAUCUGAGCACAAGGUAGGAUCCCCCUCUACGCACUAAAGUAAUAGCCCUCUCCUUCCUUCCCCUGCAGUGCCACUUCUGUUUGUUUGAACUCACUUUAUCCGGAGCGGAAAUUCUUAGCUUUUUUUUUGUGAAUGACAAAGUUAUUAACAAUUCAUCACCACAGUCCGUUCCACCCGGCCCCGUUUCCAGGGCGACGACUGCUCGGCACCCUCUGAUUGGCUGGCCGAUAUAAUGUAUCCAUUGAAACGCCUCGGGUUUGUAACCAUUCACUAGUUUGGCGCUGCAGAGAGCACAUCGAGGAACCAGUGUCGACAAGAACAAAAUACGCUUAUUCACAACGAGAACGUUGGGAAUAGACGACAACAGAAUACAAUAUUGGAAAUGCAAGUGCUUUGCAUCUGUAACUGAACUGCAAUCAAUCCCUCUUAUUUAGAUUUUUACAGAAGAAUAAUAUUUUCUAUGCGAAAGCGGCAGUUAUAUAACACGAAGACAACGUCUGUGCAGGCCAGUGAGUCAUUGAUAAAUACAUGGGACAUUCUUCACGCAGCUGCAUGAAUGAGUGUUACUGCUAGUGUAGGCCUAUAGGCAAUCUACAGUCGGAUAUUUAAGAAACAAUCUUGUUUUGUUGAUUUCGUUUCAAACUAGGCCUACAAAACAGCCACGGUCGUGAGAAAAACAAUAUAUCAUUGAAUUUUUUAAAAAUUAUUCCAGAAUAUAUUUUAUCUCGAUCAGUCUGCGUUGCCGUUUCUUAAAUGAUCCAGUCCUCAUAACGUUCUGUUGUUGUGGACGUUUUUUUGCGGUAGCCUAAAAGGGACCAAGCACAUCAUUUUCCUGCAGUGAAGUGACAAUUGUUUUUUGUUGCUAAAUGCUCGACAAGCUCAAGCCCGUUCAGUUCGAAUCGGUAAUGGCUAUCAGCAAGACCGUGGAGUGGCUGCAGGAGCACCUCAAGACGCGCAAAGACUGCCUGUUGGUAAUGGACUGCAGAGCGCAGGAGCUAUACGAGUCCUCGCACGUCGAAACGGCGAUUAACGUGGCCAUCCCGAGCCUGAUGCUCCGGCGGCUGAAGAAGGGCAAUCUUUCCAUCAAGUCCUUGCUCUCAAACGGCGAGGACCGGGAGAGAUUUGCGCGGAGGUGCAAGACGGAUACCAUUGUGCUAUAUGACGAAUACAGCAGGGAAUGGAACGAAAAUGUCAACGGGGGCUCGGUGCUGGGCUUGCUCCUGAAGAGGAUGAAAGACGAGGGCUACAAGGCUUUUUACCUUGAGGGUGGUUUCAGCAAAUUCCAAGCCGAGUUCCCUGCCCAGUGCGAGACCAAUCUGGUCGGCUCUUUCAACAGCAGUUCUCCUACGGCCCAGGUGCUCGGCCUCGGGGGGUUGCGGAUAAGCUCAGACUCCUCGGAUAUCGAGUCCGACAUCGACCGAGACCCGAGCAGCGCCACAGACUCAGACGGCAGUCCCCUCUCCAACCCCCAGCCCUCCUUCCCAGUGGAGAUCCUCCCGCACCUCUACCUGGGCUGCGCCAAGGAUUCCACCAACCUGGAUAUUCUGGAAGAGUUUGGCAUCAAGUACAUUCUGAACGUGACUCCCAACCUGCCCAACAUGUUCGAGAACGCAGGGGAAUUCAAGUACAAGCAGAUCCCCAUCUCAGAUCACUGGAGCCAGAAUCUGUCACAGUUCUUCCCAGAGGCCAUUGGCUUCAUAGAUGAGGCUCGCGGUCAAAAAUGUGGCGUCCUGGUCCACUGUCUGGCCGGCAUCAGCCGCUCCGUGACGGUAACCGUAGCCUACCUCAUGCAGAAGCUCAACCUGUCCAUGAACGACGCCUACGACAUCGUCAAGAUGAAGAAGUCCAACAUCUCGCCCAACUUCAACUUCAUGGGCCAACUCCUGGACUUUGAGCGCACCCUGGGCCUGAAGAGCCCCUGUGAUAACCGGGUGGUGACCCCCACACAACCUCUGUACUUCACCACCCCCACCAACCACAACGUCUUCCAGCUGGACCCCCUGGAGUCCACGUGAGGCAGCGCCACCAUCACCCCCUUACUGGCUCCGAGGUGUAAUGAAACCUCAUGAAACGCUGAAAUGUUUCUCUACUUUAUUUCCAUCACCUGUUGUGACACGGUGACAUCAUGCCGUUGUUGACACAGUUGGCUUGAGGUGACAGCUGCCAAGCAUGGACUCUGAAGGGGGCACGUGGUCGAUCUGCCCGAGGGCUCACAAACAGCUGCUGCAAAAUGGGGACAAAUAAAGAAAGAGAGAGAAAAGAGGGGGAAGCGAAAGAAAGACAAAGCACAUUAACUUUCUAGAACCAUAUAUUGCUAUUGGACUCGAUGAGGUUUUUGCCUAAAAAAAUUAUGUCAAUGCUUUGAAAGAGACGUUAAGUGAUCUGAUGGUCAUGUGUACGUUUAGCUUCACGACGAAAGGCUGGUGUGCCAAAGAGACAUGAUUGUUGUAUCUGAACAUAUAUAUGAUUCUAAAUACUUUUUUGUUUUUUGGGCUAGCACUUGCACCGUCAUCAUUUUUGGGGUGCAUAUUACUUGUCUUCUGCGAAGACUUGCCUGUUUGGGGUUGAAACAUCCCCAGUUAGACGGCACAGUGUAUUGAACUCGAUUUUACAUGUGUGGAGUCAUUUUAAUCAUUUAUACAAGUGUAUAUAUCUUAAUAUAAAAGACAAUACAGUAAAGCCUUGUUCUUGUCUAGUAUAUACCCUUUGCAACAAGUGGGUACUGAUUAUUCUUUUUUUAAUCUUAUUUCAUGUAAGCCAACCAACUGUAUAUUGAUCAGUAUCUAAGUUUAUUAUGCCAAAAAAUGUAGGAGGUUUUCCAAGAAUCGUAAAAUUGUGUAUGUGUGUAAUAUAUAUCAUAUUUGCUUUAAAUGUAAUUUCAGCCGACAGGCGUUUUUUGCCCCCACCCUCACACAAAUCAGUCAGGUUGUAUGCCUUAGUUCUGUACAUAGAUGUGUUAUUGUGCAUUAACCCUCAAAGGGCUUUCCCCGAGCUAUGCUUUCACCUUCUAUCACAAUUCUACCCGAAUUGAACCAUAGCAAAAAUAAUUCUACAACAAAUCACUGAAACUGUCAGUGCAUGCCUAUGUUAAGAAACGUGAGUUGUAAUUUGUUAAGUUUGGUGGAAAUACCUUUAAUGAAGCCAAUUUAAGAUGGCUACUUUCUGUUGGUGUUUAGUGAGGAACAAUUAGGGUUAAUGCAAGUGAAUGCUUAUCUGUGUUCAAGGCUUACAAAGUCUGGGAGAUGUUAACAAAAAAGGAGGCCUUGCCUCUUCAGGGAAAUUCUGUGAAAUGCAGUUUUUUGUUGUUUUAGAAAAUAAUCAAAAUUAUGGGUGGAUUUGGCUUUCUCUCAUUCCUGAGAGAAGAACUGUCGGUGGGAGAAGCCAUCUUGGUUUCAACCCUCACCACUCCUCAAGUCCACACUCCUGUCUUACGAAUGUAAAGAAAUGAUAAGUUAUUAAUAAAUUACUAUUUUCUCUA